CGGGAAAAAUAAAUUGACUGAAAUAAAAGGUUUGUGUCUGGAAGAACAAAUCGGUGAAACCUAUUUGGCAUUUUUUGCGAUUUGAUGGCCAUUAGGCCUUUCCAAUCCACCUUCUCGCUCCAUACUUUCUUCUCUCUUUUCCGCACUCCCAAUCCAUUCUCCGCCGCCACAACCACCACCACCACCAACUUUCCGCCACCCUAUUCUAUCUUCCGUCGCUUCACCGUAUCGUCUUCAACUUCAUUCCCACCACCUCCUCGCCGCCCUCAACCUCCUCCUCCUCCGCCACCGUCUGACACUCUGGCGCACAAGAUCGGAAAAGCCAUUCGCCUCCCCGGCGCCGCCUCUAAGGCCAGAGUUUAUGCUGAUAUCAACGUUGUUCGCCCUAAGGAAUAUUGGGACUAUGAAUCCCUCGCCGUUCAGUGGGGGGAACAAGAUGAUUAUCAAGUUGUGAAGAAGGUUGGAAGAGGGAAAUACAGUGAAGUGUUCGAGGGUGUUCACUGUACGGAUAAUGAAAAAUGCGUAAUCAAGAUCCUCAAACCUGUCAAGAAGAAGAAGAUAAAGAGGGAGAUCAAGAUAUUGCAAAAUCUAUGUGGAGGGCCCAAUAUUGUAAAGUUGCUUGACAUUGUUAGAGACCCCCAAUCAAAGACCCCAAGCCUUGUAUUUGAACAUGUUAAUAACAUCGAUUUUAAAGUGCUCUAUCCUCACCUGUCAGAUUAUGAUGUUCGAUAUUAUAUCUAUGAACUUCUAAAGGCAUUAGAUUAUUGCCACUCACAAGGAAUCAUGCAUCGGGAUGUAAAGCCACAUAAUGUAAUGAUCGACCACGGGCAGCGUAAGCUUCGCCUUAUUGACUGGGGACUUGCAGAGUUUUAUCAUCCUGGGAAAGAGUAUAAUGUCCGCGUUGCCUCAAGAUAUUUCAAAGGUCCUGAGCUACUUGUUGAUCUUCAAGACUAUGAUUACUCUCUAGAUUUAUGGUCUCUCGGUUGUAUGUUUGCUGGAAUUAUAUUCUGGAAGGAGCCGUUUUUUUAUGGACAAGAUAACUAUGAUCAACUAGUGAAAAUAGCCAAGGUACUUGGAACGGAUGAGUUAUAUGCGUAUCUAAACAAGUAUCGCAUAGAGUUGGACCCGCAGCUCGCAAUGCUUGUUGGAAGGCAUGGUCGGAAGCCGUGGACAAAGUUUAUUGGUGUGGAUACCAAACACUUGGCUGUUCCUGAGGCUAUUGACUUUGUUGACAAGUUACUACGGUAUGAUCACGAAGAACGGCCCACUGCAAAAGAAGCUAUGGCCCACCCCUACUUCAAUCCAGUGAGAAAUGCAGAAAGUAGUAAAACGCGUACACAUUGAGUUGCUGAUGUCUUGUUUGAGAUAUCUUGCUUUUGGCCCAAGAAUUUUCAAAUAUGAUGGAACUGGAUUUAGGAGAUUCUGCCCUCGAGUUACAUUGAAACCCGUUUUUGGCAAAAUCCAGGUCUCGACGAUUUUAUUAUGUUGUGUGCUUGCAGUAACUAGUCAGAUUUGUGAGUUCCUUAUUCUUUUGUAGUCUUGAAAAUGGAAACGGUGUUAAGUUCAAUUCCAUUUCAGUUUAGCUUAUACACUUCUGUUUGUUGCAACUGGUGAGAUUUAUGGUUCCUUGCUCUUUUGUAGUCUUCAAGAAAAUGCAUAGUCUUGAGUUUAAUUAGAACAAGAUAAUUUUUUUUUAACAAGUUCUCAUUACAUUUCCAAUUGAGUUUGUUAAAUAGUGUGUCGCUAGUAUUGCUCGCA